AUGCACGUCCACACACACACAAACGAAUAUAAGGAGGUAAAUAGCCCUCAUUCCUUUUUUUUGUUUGUUUCCUUCCUUUCAUCUUCUUUUGUUCCUUUCGCCCAUUUCAUUCUUUCCUUUCCAUUAUGCACUACACGAUGCCCUCGCAUUGGCGGCGCAACACGUCACUCAUUUUCUUCCUUUUCUCCUGGCGCCCCUUCCUUUUUUUUUUCCUUCAUUCAUCUCCGGAUUCACUCCUCUGCUCGUGGCACUGGUACUCAACACUUUGAAAGGAAGAAUGACGAGGGGAAUCAUUUCAUGGUGAAACAAAAGAAAAUAAGAGGGAUAAAAGAAAAAACAGCGAUUACCCCACGGGCUUCACUUCACUUCACUUCGCUCCCUUUCCUUCUGUCUGGUCGUACCGUUGCGCUUUCGCUCUCAUUUAUUGUUUAUCAUUACCAUUAUCAACACCACUCUAACCACUACUCCCAAUUCCCCACCACUCACCACCAACCUCCUUUUGCCGUUACAUCAAACAAUAAAGAAAAGGAAAAGCACGAGGUAAAGUGGAAGAGGGGAAUUAAAAACAGAGGAGAGGUCUGA